CUCUUCUACCUCUUUUCCACUCCGCGUUCAGAGAGAACGACACGAUGCCCGAGUCCGCCUCGUACACAAAUGGCUACCCCAAUGGGACGGGUACAAAGGAGUGCGAAGACAGAGAGACGUUUCUUUUUACGAGUGAGAGCGUAGGCGAGGGACACCCAGACAAAAUCUGCGAUCAGGUUAGCGAUGCAGUUCUCGAUGCUCAUCUCGCACAGGAUCCCGAUGCAAAGGUUGCAUGCGAAACCUGCACCAAAACCGGGAUGAUCCUGGUGUGCGGAGAGAUUACGUCAAAGGCCGUAGUUGAUUACCAGAAGAUUGUUCGUGAAACCAUCAAGAAGAUUGGAUACGACGACUCAUGCAAGGGCUUCGACUUCACAACGUGUAAUCUUCUUGUUGCAAUUGAGCAACAGUCGCCAAAUAUUGCUGGUGGCGUUCAUGUAGACAGAGCUGAGGAAGAUGUUGGUGCUGGUGAUCAGGGUCUAAUGUUUGGCUAUGCUACGGAUGAAACUGAAGAAUGCAUGCCAUUGACUGUGGUCUUGGCUCACCGUCUCAAUCAGAAGAUUGCAGAAUUGCGCAGAGAUGGCACUUUCUGGUGGGCUCGCCCAGAUACAAAGACACAGAUCACUGCAGAGUACUACUUCGACCAGGGUGCUGCCAUUCCCCUGCGUGUGCACACAGUGGUCGUCUCUGCCCAGCACUCGGAGAAGGUAACCCUGGACCAACUUAGAGCUGACAUUAUGGAGAAGGCUGUCAAGUCUGUCAUCCCAGAGCAGUACCUUGAUGAAAACACCAAAUACCACAUCAACCCUUGUGGAGACUUCAUCAUUGGAGGACCUCAGGGUGAUGCAGGUCUCACCGGCAGGAAGAUCAUUGUUGAUACAUACGGUGGUUGGGGAGCUCACGGAGGUGGUGCUUUCUCUGGCAAGGACUACACGAAGGUGGAUCGCUCUGCUGCGUACGCUGCUCGAUGGGUUGCAAAGUCACUGGUGAAGGGUGGACUUUGCAAGAGAUGUCUUGUUCAAGUAUCUUAUGCAAUUGGAGUAGCUGAGCCAAUCAGCAUCAGCAUCUUCCACUAUGGCACAUCACAAUACACAUCAAAACAGCUCCUAAAAAUUGUCAACCAUAACUUCGACUUGAGGCCAGGCCGUAUUGUAAAGGAAUUGGGCUUGAAGCGCCCAAUCUACAGUGACACUUCUUGCUAUGGACAUUUUGGCAGAGACCAGUUCCCAUGGGAGAAACCCAAAGCAAUGACCCUUCCAAAUCUUUAAGUAAAUCUUGUCUCAUCCCAAAGAAAAAGAUAGGGAUGCAAACGGCUUCCUCAUCAUACGAGAAAAUAACUGCUUAAAUUUGGAGGAGCCAACACUUGUAGAAAUUUAGUUGACCAGUUAGUGUAGUGCAAAAUAUUUAAUCUUUUUAAAUUGCAUUUGUUGGAGUUUGUGAUAGCACAUCCUUGUGUCAGGCAGGCACUCGGGCACUGUGUAUGUGCGACCUGGUGAUUGUAGGUGCUAGGCCAGGGGGUGCCUGGUGUCUCCCCCGGUCUGGCCUGCCCCUAACCUCGAGGACCCCUGCAAGAUGACCACAGUUUCAAGUUGGUACAGAUGAUGGUCCUGUUUUGCCAUGUAAACGUCCUUUGUUUGUGCCAGACUUGACACUGCAAAUGUGUAGGAUUAGCAAGAUUUUCCUCUAGAGUUUUUUAUACAAGAUCUACGCAUUUGUGUUGUGUUUACGAAAAUUCUAAUGGAAAAGAGCAUUUCCUUAAACACUCCGGCCACCUUUCUGGGAUGGGGCAUCACUUGCUGACACAUUCCUCGAGACUUGAGAGUUAGGGUCUUUUUAGGUUUUAUCCUUUUAUUUAGAUUUGGUAGCUUAUUGAAGAUGUAUGUCUACAUUGUAUUUGUUAUGAUUAAGCCGAUUCUAUACACGCAGAAUGUAUACCAUUCGGCUGAUUAAAAGUUAUUCGUGUAC